AACACCUGUUUGAAAUUAUUUUGUAUUAUUUAAUACAAAUCAAGCGAAUCGGCGCUCAACAAUCCAUAUAAGAAUGUUAUAUACUUCAGAUAUUUUUGUUUGUGUUCUUCUGUGUUCGCUACAAGGGCGGUUGGAUGGUUUUCCCAUACCAAUACGAUCUAGGCCCAACCUGGAUGGCGUGCAGUCCACUGCACAACCAUCGGCUUCGUCCUGCAGUCCUUGGACGUUUUCCGCAACGCGACUGCAUUCAUCGUACAGACGUGACUGGAUCUCAUCCACUUCUCUACUAUUAUUACCAAAGACCAGCCACAAUCGGGUUUCGUCGUUGUCCGAUAGCAACAAUGGUAGAGACGGGAUUUGGUCGUCUGACCCGUUAUUGCAGCCGACGUCCGACGGUCAACCUGUAAUUCUGUCAUCUGAACAGCGACCGUAUCCUUCAUUCGACAGUAAAAAUAUGCAUAGGAUAUUGUAUGAUUCGGCCCAACCAUCGCUGACCGAUAACUACAUGACCACUUCUGCGUUGUCCGACAACAAAUUGAAGAGUUCGUCAAUGACGUCGUGUGCCAUGCGACUGUCCAACUUUCGUCUUUCAAAAGACGAAGAACCGAUGAUACUGUUUGACCAAAAUGGCAAGAUGUACACAAACUACUACCCCCCCGCCCGCCGUCGGGCACAGCAGCAAUAAAAACUAAUGACGCCCGGUGGGGACCGCCGGUAUUGACCGAAAUGGUGAUGGGUCAACAAAUAAUAAUUUCGUUUUAAAGUCAUAAACUCGCCCAGAUUUUUAACUAUAUAUUUACGCUAUUAUGGUUGUAUGUGUUAAAUCGUUCGAGACCGUUGACCGAGUGGAACUAAAUCAUCAAAUUAAAGAUCAUUUGGAUAUUGACGACGAAUAUGUGGUAUAUUUUGAUUUUUGACUGUAUUUGUACUGUUUGAUGUACUUAAUAAUAUAUUAAUAUGAUAUAAUACUAUAAUAGUACAGUAAUAGUAAGUACCUACAUUAUAGUGACUAGUACGUUUUACACAUUUUCGCGGUGUUUAUAAAAAUACCUACUCUUUUGAUUUAAUAAAUUGUAUUA